GAAGAUAAAACCCUUUCUAAUGAACAAAACUUAUCAGAUUUAAUUGAUUAUGAGGAAAGUUUGAAACAUUCUCAAUAAAAUUCGAAAAUAUCAAAAACAGACCGUUCAUCACUUGAAUAUGUGAAUAAAUUAGAGCAUUACCUAAGGAAUUAAAAAAAAACAUUGAAGCACGGCCAUGUCAUCAAUGAAAACAAGCAGUGUUCCACCAGCAUCAGCCAAUGGUAUGAUGAGGAGGAGUUCGGGAGGAGGGGGAGGCCUCCUCACUGGCAACGGCAUCCCUCCCCCCAGGAUUAACCGCCCCUUCAGGAGAAGUACCACUGCACCCGCAGAACAUUUCGGAGCUACUAGACUGCUCAUGUCCGACUUUCCCGUGGAGGGCGGAGAGAAGGACUCCGGCGGGGGAGGAGGAGGAGGUGGUGGUGGAAUGGUUGGAGGGGGAGGGAACAAAAUCGCCUCAGUCAUGGAGAAUUUUCAGAAGAAAGCACCUUCUGUCAGUCCCCGACAACAACAAUUGCAACAGCUGACUCAACAACAGCAGCAACAACAAGCACAACAGAUUGCCGCCUCAUCAACACAACAACAGAUGAUGUCGUCGAGCAGUAGCUCUAGCAGCAGCACAACGACGAGUAGCAGCAGUAGAGUGGCCAAGUCGUCGCAACGAGUGCACCACGUGACCUCGUCCAGCGAAAUGAAAGCCUCGUCGAUGAAGUCGGACCUGUCCGAACUGAAGUCGUCGAUCAGCGAAAUGAAGAAUCUGUCGACGCUGAACUUCAAGAAGUUGCGGAGCAGCGUCGAGGACUUGGAGGAUGAGGGAGGCGGGGGGUCUUCGGCGGGCAGCAAUGAGCCAUUGGUCACUUUUCCGGACCCCGAUACGCCUCCCCCCAAUGGGGGCCCCGCUAUUGGAGCCACCCCCUGUCUAAUGCCCCAGUUACAGCCGGCUAAUGCGCAUAAUGGCACCCUGAGCCUGGGCAGUUCUGCAGCGCUGGCGAGUUGUGCUGAGUCAGCAAUAACCAAAUCGGAGUCGGUGCAGCGGUUCGAGCAGAAGCACCACACCAAGGUGGUGCAUGAGUCAUCCUCCAUGGAGUCAUCCGCAUCCUUCCAGGAGCAGGCCAUGCGCAGUCGGCUCGACAUCGACGGCGUGUCCGCCGAGAAAACACUCAAUAUGGUGCAGGACAGGAAGGAACGUGGUCUGAAUCCACCCUCAGCUGUUCGGGGGUUGGGAGUUGGAAGGGGGUUUGGCGCCGAUAUGCUUAACGGUGUUAUGUUUCGUCGUCUUGGCGCGGUUAGAACUUUGUGCAAAAUGGAAUCUGGUGAAAAUUGUGCUAAAAGGAAUUUGGUGGAUAAUUGUGCCGGUGGUAGCGGAAACGUAAAUGGGGAUAACUUAGAGGAACAGAGAUCACUGAAAUCGGGGGAGAUAACUCAACAAGAAAGCGAGAAUUCAACCGCGGCAACGAUGCGACUUCAAACAGAUUCGUUUUGUGCAGAAAAAAAAGCGAUGGCAGCCCAACAACAAAGACAGACGAUGACGUCAUCCGGCAUUUUCAACCAUGAGAAGCACGUGACACAAUCUUCACAGUCCAACUUCAUGAUGACAUCGAAAGGCGUCUGCACCAAGUCGACACAGAGCUCCAGUUCACAGGUAAAGCUAUUAUUUUGGUACUCACUAUGCAACGUGCUGCGCAACUGCGGAGGCAUGGACCUGCUGAUGGCCAACUGUGACGUGGACGACCGGGAGCUGCAGUUCAGCAGUGCCCGCCUCCUGGAGCAAUGCCUCACCACCGAGAACCGCACCCAUGUGGUCGAGAACGGCCUCGAGAAGGUCGUCACUGUCGCCUGCGUCUGCACCAAGAACGCCAACUCGGUCGACCACUCCCGCGUCGGAACUGGUCAUACGAUUAAAUACAAAGAGCAUGCGCUGUUAAAACAGGCAUUAUCUUGUAUCCCCUGUGUCAAAAAUGCACUGUUUCAAGUGUGUCAAGCAUACACAAUUUCAAGUGUUAUUCAUUGGACGAAUACUCUCGGUGUAGACGAGAAUAAAUGGACUGAAUUGGUUUUGUGCAGGUACUCACUAUGCAACGUGCUGCGCAACUGCGGAGGCAUGGACCUGCUGAUGGCCAACUGUGACGUGGACGACCGGGAGCUGCAGUUCAGCAGUGCCCGCCUCCUGGAGCAAUGCCUCACCACCGAGAACCGCACCCAUGUGGUCGAGAACGGCCUCGAGAAGGUCGUCACUGUCGCCUGCGUCUGCACCAAGAACGCCAACUCGGUCGACCACUCCCGCGUCGGAACUGGCAUCCUGGAGCACCUGUUCAAACACAGCGAAGGCACCUGCAGCGAUGUGAUCCGACUGGGCGGUCUGGACGCCGUCCUGUUCGAGUGCCGCAAAAACGACGUCGAGACGCUGCGUCACUGCGCAGGCGCACUGGCCAACCUGUCGCUGUACGGCGGCGCCGACAACCAGGAGGCCAUGAUCAAGCGCAAAGUGCCCAUGUGGCUGUUCCCGCUCGCCUUCCACAACGACGACAACAUCAAGUACUAUGCAUGCCUCGCGAUUGCCGUGUUAGUGGCUAAUACUGAGAUCGAGGCGGCCGUGCUAAAGUCGGGAACUCUGGACCUGGUCGAGCCGUUCGUCACCUCCCACAACCCAUCCGAGUUCGCCAAGUCCAACCUGGCCCACGCCCACGGCCAGAGCAAGAACUGGCUGCAGCGUUUGGUGCCCGUUCUCAGUUCGAAGCGGGAGGAAGCCCGCAACUUGGCUGCGUUUCACUUCUGCAUGGAGGCCGGCAUCAAGAAGCAGCAGGGCAACACUGAGAUAUUCAGGGAGAUAAGGGCGAUCGAGCCGCUCAAGAAGGUGGCCAGUUGCCCGAACGCGGUCGCGUCCAAGUAUGCCGCGCAUGCGCUCAGGCUGAUUGGCGAGGAAGUGCCGCAUAAGCUCAGUCAGCAAGUUCCGCUGUGGUCGUCUGAGGACGUUUAUUGAACUUCUCGUAUUUAUUACAAAAAGAUUGGCUUUGCUGAGUACGCCGGAAACUUCAUUGAUAGCAGGGUGGACGGUGAUUUACUCCUUCAAUUGAACGAAGAUAACCUACGAGAAGAUAUAGGAAUUACAAACGGAAUCAGGAGACAGAGGUUCACAAGAGAGCUUCAAAACCUGAAGAAAAUGGCGGAUUACAGUAGCAGAGAUGCGUCAAACCUGAACACAUUCCUUCAAUGUAUCGGUCAAGAGUUUUCUAUCUACACUUAUUCCAUGCUCAAUGCUGGCGUUGACAAGGAUUCAAUUAGGGAUUUGUCAGAAGACCAGUUAAUAAGUGAGUGUGGAAUUAGGAACAGUAUACAUAGGAUAAGGAUUCUCGAAGCAAUUAGAUCAAUAGAGAGUAAUCUUGCCAGUUCACAAGAACAAAACCUCGACAAAUCGCUCGAUGUAUUUGUCAGUUAUAGGCGAUCAAAUGGAUCUCAAUUAGCAAGUUUAUUGAAAGUUCACCUCCAGCUGCGAGGUUUCUCAGUAUUCAUCGACGUAGAGCGGCUAGAGGCGGGAAAAUUCGACAACAACCUACUGCAGAGUAUACGGCAGGCGAGGCACUUUCUGCUAGUGCUCACGCCAAAGGCUCUGGAACGCUGCAUCGCCGACAACGAGUGCAAAGACUGGGUACACAGGGAAAUAGUAGCCGCCCUGCAAUCACAGUGCAACAUCAUUCCAAUCAUAGACAACUUCCAGUGGCCCGAGCCUGAGGAGUUGCCUGAAGACAUGCGAGCAGUAUGCCAUUUCAAUGGAGUCAGAUGGAUCCACGACUACCAGGACGCAUGCGUGGACAAGCUGGAGCGCUUCAUGCGCGGGGAGCUGAGCACGCGAGGGGGUGGAAUGGGAGGAGGAGUGGGCACCAUAAGCAGUGCGGCAAGCGCCAAGGGUGACGUGACGCCAUCGACGCCAUCUUUGGUGCGCGCGCCGCCCACCUAUCAGCGCAUGCACUCCAACGAGAGCGGAAAGGGAAGCGACAACGGCCGGCCGCCGACGACCGCCGAUUGACUAGAUGGGCAAGCCAGGCGCAGGAAGUCAUCUAGUCCAAUGCCCACCGCCUGGCGACCGCCCACCAGUCCUAAGGGCAGAACACGCCGCAAGAGGGCGAUCCCUUCGAGGGCCCAGAGCGAGGAAGGGCUCAUGGAGCGAGAGAGCAUCAGCCCUUUGGCCCAGUCACCGGAGCCCGUCUCAAGGUCACAGAGUCAAGACGACCUUGACAACUCAAGGUCACAGAGCCGGGACGACCUUGACACUCUCCGGUCACAGAGCCAGGACGGCCUCGACACAAGGUCACAGGAUGACCUCGACACCUCAAGGUCACACGACGACCUCGACACAUCAAGGUCACAGGACCGCACACCCUUGCCACCUUCAAGGACGCACAGCCUUGAAAACGUACUUGACACUCCGUCCUCACAACUACGUCCUGUUCUGGAGAAGUCUACCAGCCUCUGUGAAGACCUCGACAAGAUCUCUGAUUCAGUUGCGUCUGACAGUGAUACGCUCAAAAGAAAGAAAAACUUCAUGGAUCGAUGUGUGAAUAAGGUUAGGUCACUUAUUAAGAAAUAGAUUACUGUUGAUAGAUAAAUUAAUAUUUGGACCUUUGAACAUGAUUUUUGAAUUAUUUAUUAUCAAGGUAGUAUGAACUGAAACAAGACAAUCAAAAUAAUACUAUAGAAAAGGGAUACUGAUAAAUUAUUUAUUCUAUGAUAAUAAUAUAUUGUACCCAGAUUGAUACCUUAUUGUAUGAUACAUUUCAAUUCACCAGACAUCUCUUGAUCUCUAGAGUUCAUUCAAAAAAUGACUGUUUUUUUAAAUCAUGAUUUCAAAAUCAUUUGUUUAAACUUCUAAGUUUUAGAUUAUAAUUUUUCUAGAUGAAUUACAGUUAGGCUACUAGUGGAAAAACUCAUGUGGGCUAUUGACAGCGGUAGCAUUAUUAGUACCGUAGCUAAAUUACUGUUAGUAAUUCUAAACCUCAUUUUGUAAGAUUGUUAUUGCAUGUAAACCUAUGUGCUUGACUUGCUUAACAAACUUAGAAGAAGUUUGUGUUUCAAGUUUUUUUAAUUGCAGUGAUGUAGGUACUAGCUGAUCAAACUCAAGAUCAACUUGGAAUACCAAAUACCAGAACAAAAACUUGUGAAAUGAGUACCUAUUUUAAAAUCGUUUCCAAUCGAACUGAAGAUCAGUUUUCGAUUGAAAAACAAUAAUGAUCAAAAUAGGAAAACUCUUAAUGGAUGCGAUCUAGCAACAACUACAAUAAUUGAUCUACUAUACCGGUAAAGGCAACAUUCAUCUGAAAUUCGAUCUAUGACUUAACUUACCGGCAGGCCUACCUAAUGAUUCACUUUUCAAUCCAAUAAAAUUAGCAUACAGGUUUAAUAAAUUAUGUAAUAUAAUUAGUCUGCUAAAAGACCGCAUUUGUGGUUCCCAGUCUACAAUGAGAGACGGCAUCUACAAAAGUGAAGAAAGAUAACGCGAACAUUACAUAAAUCUUUUAUGAAUCUAUAAUAUAAAAAGUCGUUCUUGGAAGAAAUAGCGAUAACAAUUUAACCAAUUUGCUUUGUUUGAGAAAAAGCAAAAUUUUAUUGAUGGUCUUUAUUGAUGUGUUCACUCAUAAUUUGAAAUCAAUAAUAUUGACAACAAAUUUAUGAUAAUAUCUCCUCUCAAUUUUACAAAAAAUGAAGAAUAUUUAAAGGUCCAAAUAAAUUCUAGAAUAGAUGUAGGGCUACCAUAGUUUUGAAUCAAACAAAAUACCAGAAUAUCAAUCACUUUUGUGCCAUUCAAUAACAUAGAAUAAGAAUUGAAAUGUAUUGAGUCACUAAUUUUUUAUAGAAAAUUGUACCUAACAUCGUAAUUGUAGUAUUAAAACAUAAGUAAAUAUUGUAAUAUAGUCGGAUAAUUAUUAUGAAAGUAUUAAAAUAGGUAGCUUAGAAUGAUUUUAUCAAGCUAAAUUCAAGAAUUGUAACUCUGUAAAACCUUGGUUAUCCUUGUUAUAUUGUUGUUGAUUCUCACAACAAAAAAAUCGCAUCCAAUUCAGCUUUUGUACAUAUACACAAAUUGUAAAUAAAAAAUUGAAUUUGUUUUAUUAAAAAUUA